AUGGCGAAUAGCGAAGAUGUUAUCGUGCCAGCGGACCUGGAAGAUGACGUUGCUGGGUCAGCAUCGGCGUUGCGCGUGUCGCCAUGGUGCGCGCCGUGGCUGUGGUCGGCGGUUAAGGUGGUGCUGCUCGUGCUGCUCUGGCACACCUUCAGCACGGCGCUCUCCCUGUACAACAAGGUGCUGAUCGGUGCGAAGCACCGGCGCUUACCAGCGCCACUGCUCAUGACCACCGUGCACUUCUUCGUGCAGGGCGCCAUCGCCUCACUGCUGCUUCCACUCGUGACUGCCAUCUCCUGGCGCGACUACUUUGUGCGAGUGGUGCCCACGGCAGUGGCCACAUCGCUUGACAUUACCCUCUCCAGCUUCUCCCUCGCGCUCGUCACCCGCACCUUCUACUCCAUGUGGUGGGGGAGACGGAGUUUGAGCUGCUGGGCUUCAUCUUCGUCAUGCUGGCCUCAUUCAUGGCGGGUCUCUGAUGGGUGCUGCUGCAAGUGCUCCUCCAGAGGGACACACUUG